AUGAAGUUCUUCGCAUUCGCAUCUGCCGCGACGGCGUUUGUCAUCCCCGACGCCAGCAUCGUCAGCCAGCUGAUCCUGGCCGGCAACAAGGCAUCGUCUGCCGUAGAGACAUUCCACAAUGCCGUCGACGCCAUCGCGUCUGGUGUCCAUGCGGUCGGCGAUUGGCUGCGGGACGGCAUUGUCGACCAAAGCAAGAAUUCCAAUCUGACGCUCUACCAGCUGAUUGCAAGCUCCAAUGUCACCAGCAACUUCACGGCCCUCGUCAACGAGUUUCCCGAUGUCGUGGCCGUCCUAAACGCGACGGCUGCUGCCAAUAGCCUCAACCACACCCUGUUCGUGCCCGUCGACACGGCUUUUGCAGCGCUACCUGGCGGCGGCCUCGCGGAAGAUAUGCCCACGGGUGACCGCGAGAGCAUCGUCCGCUACCACGUCGGCCUCGGUGGCUUCCGCGACAAUGAAUUGUUCACCACGAAUACGCUGCCCACCCUCCACCAUGAGUCUCUGUUGGGCGGCGCACCCCAGAGGCUGCGCGUGCGCUUCGAGAACAAAAUCGGCGUGCUCGUCAACUUUGCCGCGCGCAUCAUCGCUCCCAACAUUGUGGCGGCCAACGGCGUCCUUCAUGGGCUCGACGCCGUGCUCGUGCCGCCCUCGUUUGUCGGCCGGCAGCUGUCGCUGGUGCCCGACCACUACAGCACGCUGCUGCAUGCCAUGCAGGCGAGCAACUUCACGCAGUACAUCCACGGCCUGACCAACCUCAACGGGUCCACGGUGCUGGCGCCAUCCAACGAGGCCUUCCGGCGGCUGGGCCCCCAGCUGAACGGGUUUUUGUUCCACACCCCCCGUGGCCUCAAGUACCUGCACGCGCUGCUGCGCUACCAGACGGUGCCCAAUGCGACGGUCUACUCGGACGCCUUUUACGGGUCGCCGGCGCUGGUCCCACCUGUGCCUGCUUCUGCGGUCGGUGCGGACGGCACCCGCGGCCCCGUAGAGCGCAUCCACUACCAGCUGCCGACGCUUCUCGGCAAUGCCACUCUAUCCAUCGACAUCAUGUCCGUCCCCGGCUCUUCGGUCAUGGUCAUCAACAAAAAUGCUCGCGUCUCCGUCCAAGAUGGAGUGGCCAAGAACGGCGUCAUCCAGGAGCUCGAGCGUGUUGUCUUCCCGCCGUCGCCUUCCGGCAUCCGUGGCAACCCGUCAGUCGACCCGCCGGUGAAAACAGUGGCCGAUGUAGUGGCACGGUUGGGCCCAUACGUGGAUGACGACGGUGACGGCAGCGAUCCGACUGGGGAGCUGUAA